AUGUGUAUCAGAUCCUUCACCUAUUAUGUGGGCUGCGGGUGCGCCCGGUUUCACGCCACCCUGCCAUGCCCAAAAGCCUUCGACCCAUCCCUGCCAAAGUGCAGGAUCAGGAUAUUCCCGGACCACAAACAAGUCGUGGGAGACUGCCCGGAGUGCAAGCCAGCAUUCGACAACAAGAGCCUCUGCCCGGGCCCGAUGCGGAUCAUCCUCCAUUUCAACAGGCGAACGACUCGGCCUAAGCUACUACCCGCCGCCGCACCCACGCACCAGGGCACCAUCGCGCAGAUCGACCAGGCGCACAACCAUCUCCGAGGCGCCACCCGACUACAGCGCGGGAAGGCCAAGCUUAUCAACCUCCUGGAGUGGAUCGACCACCCAGACCAGCCAGACUUCAGGGACCGCCUCCCGGCAACAGAAGCCCAACUCGCCUUCACUCGCCCCUCGCCUAUGGACACACUGCUGGUCAACCCCCACGCCCCGGGCGAGUACGAAAUCAACAAGAACAACAGCAACAACCAGGUCCCUGCCCUCGAUACCAGAGAGCUGCUGACACGGCUGCGCCGCGCCCGCCACCAUCGCAGGGUGGGAAGGAUCUACCCCAAGCCGGAGCCAAUGCCCCAGCGCAUCAUGCCUCCCAGGGUCGUCAAGGCCAGGGUCGGGAACGACUACACCAUCAAGUCCCGCACCUGGAACCUCACAGCCAGCCAGCGCCGCAUCUUCAGGCGCAAGGGAAUUGGGCCGAUCCGCAAGCUUUCUGUCGUCAGCCGUCGCCAUCACCAACGCAUCUGA